AUGAGUGACUCUGAACAUCCGAAGGAACAGACAGACUCUGUUCCUGAGGCUAGCUGGCCUGAAAAUGGAGGUCAGUGGAGUGAUGCGGAGGACCUGGAAGAAUCUGGGCUCGUUCAGGAGAUGGUGGAGGAGGAUGAAGAUAUUGACCUCUAUAAUGAGGAGACCUUUGGAUUAGACCUUACUGCUGAAGAACUGGCAGCAGAUCCUGUAGAUCUUCUGUUCAUAGAAGGAACCAAACCCUCCUCACCCCCUCCAUCGCCAUGCGAGCCUCCUUCUCCUCCCAGUCCUAAACCUGGAAUCAAGCCCCAGCCUCCGGCAGGCCUGAGCGAGAAGACCCGGAGCCGCAGGGAGCGAAUCAUCAGGGGGCAGCUGCUGGAUGACCCGGCCGUGAUGAGGACUGUGGAAGGUCCACCCAGUCUUAAGAGUUUGGACAGUGCAAUUGUAGACUGUGGACGUAGCUCCUGCUGGGGAGAUCUAAACGCUAAUACGUGGAUGAUGUCCCCUUACUCCUCACCAAGACCCACACCAGGACCCCUCUUACAGGACCAGGCCAUCGUGGGUGUGAUUGAUCGAUCCUCUUGCGGCAGGAUCCCAUUCGGUUCUCCUGCCUUACGAACCCCCAUGCAGAGGCGUCUCCCUCAGUCCCCUGUGUGUCCUGUGAUGCCUGGAACUCCACUGCGCCCUCAGAGUCCUUUCUCCAUGAAGCAGAGGUUCAAUCAGCCAGCCGUUUUAUUCUCCCCCUCGACUCCACGCUACCACUCUCCCAAAAUGAUGCCGGUGCAGUUUGGCCCGAACUCCCCUCGCCCCGGUCCCUGCUUCAGCCCCUUACCCAGCCCCCUCCCUCAGAGAUUCAGGUUCCCGGUCCUGGCGACACAGCUCCACCCGCAGCACAAGAGGCUGCUGAGCCAAAGACCUCCAGGGUCUCGCAGGAAACCGAAGGACUGGGAUCAUUACGCUGAGCUCAUGUCUGCUAAAGAAAAGGAGUGGAUCAUCAAGUUGCAGAUGAUGCAGCUGCAGAGUGAGAACCCACAUCAGGAUGAUUAUUAUUACCAGGAGUACUAUCGGAGGCUGGAGGCCAAGCUGGCAGAAGAAGAAAUGCUGGGUGACCGCUCCAAAAGGGAACCGCCCAAACUCACCACACCAUACGUGACCAAAAACGUAUCGUACAUACCAGUGGUUCAUAUCGAGGGGUCGUUGGGGCAGGUUGCCGUUUCUACGUGUUACUCGCCACGCAGAGCCAUCGAUGCCGUCCACGCUCAUACUGUAGAGCAGAAGGACAUCAGGCAGCAGAGGCUGGAGGUGCUGAACACCAUCGAGAAGUGCUAUAUUAUUUUGUUGGGAGUUGAGGAAGCCGAUAGGACGAAGAAUAACGUUUCUGACGAUGAGGAGAAGCUAAGACUGAAGAAGAGCGUUCAAAGAGGGGUGGAGAAAAUCAGCACGAAACUGCGCAACCCCAACUCAUUAGAUUCUUCAGAGGAGUUUCUACCUUCACUUUUGGUCUCGAAAGGGAAAAAGUUACUCGCCAGGCUCCUGCCGUUCCUGUCCCACGAUGCGUCGUUGCACAUUCUUCGAGCCAUCUCGACGCACCUGCCGGCGCUGAUGAACCGAGAUGCUGAUGAGGCUCUUCCUGUCCUUUACCCGCCUCUCCGAUCGGUCGUCGGCACUUUGACCUUCACCCAACUGGUCAGCAUUCUCCGGGACUUUACAGUCAACUUGCCUGACUCCAAAGACUCACGCUUAACGCUGGCUUGUCAAAACAAGUUUGGCUUGUCGUUGCUGUACGCAUUGCUGUCACAAGGCGAGAGGCUGCUGACCUCCGACUUUCCUAUGGAGCCGAGCAUCGGUGACUUCGAAACCUGGACGGACACGGUGUUCAACGUGGCCAGGCAGCUUUCCCGUUCAUCCCUCGUUGAGCCGCUGUUUUUGCCCCCGAAUCUGCUUACUCUGUUUUGUCGCUAUUUAGACAAACGCACUGUCCAGCAGCUCAAGAACAACAUGGAAUCUUCCACAGGUUAUCUGGCUGUCGGAUCCUGAAAGGGAUUGACCGACCCCUCGUUUUCUUUUCCUCUUUAAUUUGUUUAGUUUUAUUCUUUAGUCAGUUCCUCUGUAUAUGUACAGAAACCCCCUCACACUCCUGGACUCGAUACUGCUUGGUCAUCUUCAGAGUUGCCAGCAGAUGGUGAUGCUCGGUUGGGUGUGUCCGUUUGACCACAACUACCACACAUACGUAAAUGCUCAGAGUGAAGGGGAAUAAUAUUAAUGUUGAUUUAUGUUUCACAAAAAGGCUCUUUGGGUUAUUUAAUGAAGAAGGAAAAAAAUGAGCAAUGAGCCAUUUUGUUUGUUUCUUCAAAAAAAAAAGAAGCAUUUCUACACGUAUGUUUUUGUCGUGAAUCCUUCCAGCACUGAAUAUUUUUAU